CCAUCUGGAAGCCAUCUCAACCAGGCCUGGCAGUACAGUCAGGCUAGUCUCUCCUGGGCCCCGUCAUUAAGAGGCAAUGACUUUUUGAUGCUUUUAACACUCAGUGAUAAACUGAGGCAGCACUUCUGAUACAGAUCUCUGCGGCCCUUCAGCCCAGGGACCCAGACAUCCUUAGGGACCUGGCUCCCAGUAGCUCAGCAUCUUUGUGAUUUUUGUGCUAUUUGUGAGGAACGGGGAUUUCCCUGUGAUGUGUAUAUUUUCUGGGGAAAACUGGGUUUGAGCAAAGGUUUUACUGUGCCCAGUUACUUGAUACAAACCUUGAGAUUCUGAAGAGGAGGAAAGAUGAGGAUCUGAGAGGAACUGCUUCUUUCUUAAUCUGAAAAGUCUAAGAACCUAACACACUGUGAUUUUGUUAGUGGCCUGAACCCAGACUGCCCUGUUACCACAGGAAUACCCCUACUGCUCUCCCGAAUUUACCCAAAAAACACAGAAAAGAAACAAAAAGUUUUGUAUGAUGUCAUGACAUUAAAUAAUAACUGUGAAUGUGAAAAAAGGUAAUUUCUAACUUAUUAGUUUUCUUAAUUUCUUUUCUAUUCUUUCUUCUUCCUUUUUUUUUUUUUUUGAGAGAGAGAGAGAGAGAGAGAGAGAGAGAGAAAGAAAGAAAGAGAGAGAAUCUCAUGCAGUUCAGGCUGGCCUCAAACUCCAUAACCUUAAACUCCAGCAGAUAUGUGUGACCAUGGUAGUUUUAAAAUUUUUAAUUUUAUGUAAGACAGGGUCUGUUUAUGUAUCCUCGGGUGUCUUGGAACUCUCUAUGUAGCUGAGGCUGGCCUCGAACGCACAGAAACCUGCCUGCCUCUUUUUCUCACCAUACAAUCUUCAAUCUCAAAAUUAAACAUUUUUCCUUCUAAUCAGAAGUAUGUUUUUCUGUGGAUUCAUCUUAUAUUUAUUGGCGUCCACCCGAGGCCAGCGUUGCACGCGAGAGUCCCUGCUGCAGUGGCGGUUCCUCCCCUGCCUUCAUUGGUUUCCUGUCGUGGUGAAGUGACUUCCCUCUGCAUGGACAGUGAACGCAGUGGGUAAUAGACUGCAUCGCGCUCUGUAUCCGGUGCCCAGAGAUCCAGACAGCAAUGUGUUUAGUGUUUGACAAUGCGGGCCACAGCCGUUUAGCCUUAACCCUAGCGUUAGCUUUAAGAUGCCAGUGCCGCCAGGAGGUGAUGGCACACUCCUUUAAUCCCAGCACUCGGGAAGCAGAGGCAGGUGGAUCUUUGUGAGUUCGAUGCCAGCCUGGUCUGCAAGAGCUAAUUCCAGGACAGCCAAGGCUGUUAAAAAAGAGAGCGAGAGAGCGAGCGAGAUAGAGAGAGACAGAGAUAGAGAUGCCAGGGCCGGAGACUACGUAGGCCGUCGGAGUUGCAGUCUGCCUGCUUUCUGCGCGGUCGGUUCGAGGCUUUGCUUUUCGGCACGCGAAGCCCCGGGGAUCAGAGACUCGGUCCCUGACCUCUCGGAACCGCGCCUGACACCUCGCGAGGCGCAGUCCCUCGUGGGCUACGGUCGAGGCUGGCUCGGGCCCCGCCCCUCGGGGCGGCUCUGCGCAUGCUCCGCAGUCCGGGCGGCCGAGCGGGCGGCGGCGAUCUGGAGACCCCCGAGGGAUGGAAGCGCCGGCGCCGGCGGAGGCGGCGGGAUGCGAGGAGCUCGAUAUGGACGUGAUGAGGCCCUUAAUAAACGAGCAGAAUUUCGAUGGGACGUCGGACGAGGAACAGGAACAGAUGAUCCUGCCAGUGCAGAAGCACUACCAGCUUGACGGGCAGCAUGGGAUUUCAUUCAUGCAGACGCUGAUGCAUCUUCUUAAGGGGAACAUUGGAACCGGCCUUUUAGGACUCCCCUUGGCAAUAAAGAAUGCCGGCAUUGUGCUUGGACCAAUCAGCCUUGUGUUUAUAGGAAUUAUUUCCGUCCACUGUAUGCACAUAUUGGUACGUUGCAGUCACUUUCUAUGUCAGAGGUUUAAGAAGUCAACACUGGGGUACAGUGACACUGUGAGUUAUGCCAUGGAGGCCAGCCCAUGGAGUUGUCUUCAGCGGCAGGCGGCGUGGGGGCGGAGCGUGGUCGACUUUUUUCUGGUGAUAACGCAGCUGGGAUUCUGCAGCGUCUAUAUCGUCUUCUUAGCCGAGAAUGUGAAACAAGUUCAUGAAGGCCUUCUGGGGAGCACAGUGCUGGUUUCCAACAGCACAGAUCCAUCUCUUGCCUGUGAGAGAAGAAGUGUGGACCUCAGGGUCUAUAUGCUCUGCUUCCUCCCAUUUAUAAUUCUCUUGGUCUUCAUUCGUGAGCUGAAGAAUCUCUUCAUACUUUCCUUCCUUGCCAACAUUUCCAUGGCCGCCAGUCUUGUGAUAAUUUACCAGUAUGUUGUCAGGAACAUGCCAGAUCCCCACAAUCUUCCAGUUGUGGCCGGUUGGAAGAAUUACCCACUGUUUUUUGGUACUGCUGUGUUUGCUUUUGAAGGCAUAGGAGUGGUGCUUCCCCUGGAAAACCAAAUGAAGGAGUCCAAACGCUUCCCUCAGGCCCUGAACAUCGGCAUGGCGAUUGUCACAGUACUAUACAUCAGCUUGGCCACUUUAGGCUACAUGUGUUUCCGUGAUGAAAUCAAGGGCAGCAUUACACUGAAUCUGCCCCAGGACAUGUGGUUGUAUCAGUCUGUGAAAAUUCUGUAUUCCUUUGGCAUUUUCGUGACCUAUUCAAUUCAGUUCUAUGUUCCAGCAGAGAUCAUUAUUCCUGGAGUCACUGCCAGAUUUCAUGCCAAAUGGAGGCGCAUCUGUGAAUUUGGGAUACGGUCCUUCUUGGUUAGUAUCACCUGUGCUGGGGCGAUUCUCAUUCCUCGCCUCGACAUCGUGAUCUCCUUCGUUGGGGCUGUAAGCAGCAGCACGCUGGCCCUGAUCCUGCCGCCGCUCGUGGAAAUCCUUACGUUUUCUAAGGAGCAUUACAACAUAUGGAUGAUCCUGAAAAACAUCUCCAUAGCAUUCACUGGGGUCGUCGGCUUCUUGUUGGGCACUUAUGUCACUGUUGAAGAGAUUAUUUAUCCGACUACAGUAGCUGUAGCGGGCACCUCCCAGAGUCUCUCUCUGAAUGUGAACUCCACAUGCGCAGCGUCUGGGCUGUGAGUCCUCGGUUGUUGUCCCAUUCUAACAGCAAAUUAAGAACCAGUACAGUCACCAUGCAUUUAAGCACAGUGCCAAACUCUUGUUUUGAUUGGCAGAGUAUUGCGGUUGGACUGGGACCUGGCCAUCUUUUGCAGUUGUGGUAAACUAUGGCAGAUUCUUGCUUUUAUCUAAUGACAAUGAAAAAUUUUAAAUUAGCUUUGAAAAACUGAAAAAAAUUAAAAUCCAAACCUUAAAACAAUAAGGAUACACUAUUAUUUGCUUCUGUAAGAAACACUUUGAAUAAGAAUUAUCUUUCUUGCCACUAUUGAGAAGGUAAAGGCAUUCAACAUUGUGGAAACUAAAUAGGGACAUAGUUAAUAGGAUCUCUCUGGGGAUUCCCAUAAUAGCAAAGUAAGCCUCCUGUGUAUGUGUAUGAAAAUGCAUCAGUUGCAUUUUUAUUGCAUGGGUGAUGCUUCUGACAGCCCCUGGAAGGACAGAAGAUUCCCACUGACCGUCGUGUAGACACUAGAAAGCUCGCAGAGCCAGAAUCACCUCACUGUUAGGCUCUACAGACAGUAGGGCUCCGUAGUCACUGGGAAGUACUGAGCAAGGUUCUGACCUGUUUGGGUUGUGGGCAAAGAGGCCGUUGAGGUUUCUGGAAUUCCCCUCCCUUAGUUACUGUCUUAGUUGUGGUUUCUCUUGCUAUGACACAGCAUCAUGACCAAAAGCAACCUAGGGAACAAAGAGUUGAUUUCAGUUUAUAGCUCCACAUCACAGCCAUCAUCAAAGGAAGUCAAGACAAGAACUCAGGGCAGGAACCUGGAGGCAGGCGCUGAUGCAGAAGUUAUGGGACGGUACUGCUCAUGGCUUGCUCAGCCUGCUUUCUUAUAGCUCCCGGGACCACCAGCCCAGAUGUGGCACCACCCACCAUGGGCUGGGCCCUUCCUAAUUGAUCAUCAACCUGGAGAACUAUCCCACAGACUUACCCACAGGUUAGUCUUACAGAGACAUUUUCUCAGCUGAGUCUCUCUUCCAAAUUGAUUCUAGAUGUGUCAAGACAGGGCAGUUACCAUUGUAGGAAAUGGAAUCUCAGAGUGUCAGGUGACUUCGUCAAGAGCACUUAUCCUAGUCAAGAGAACCCAAAAUUUGUUCCAUACAAAGAUCUUUUAAAAAUUAUUUUUCAUGUCACAGUCAAGAAAGAUGAAAACUUACAUACAGCUUAGUUUAGUGUAGAUUUUCUUCAAUCAUAUUUUCAUCUUUGAGAGCGCCUGAUAUAUUUGAAUAUAUGUGACAGAAAAAUCCAAGAAUCCUGCCUGUGACUUUAUAGACCUCAAACAGGAAGAGAAGCUAACAUUUCCUUAAACAGGGAGGCUGUCUAGCUGUGGAGUGUGCUGGCCCCAGGCGGCGGGGCCUCCUUGAACAGCAGGGUCAGUUGACUAGCUGUGCAGUAUUCUAGUCCAUGUCCCCUUGCCCCCUGGGUUUUCGGGAAUCAUAGGUAUGUGACAAAGUACAGGAUUUUGGAUCGUCCUAGCCCUGUAGCAACUCCUUACUGUAAUCUCCCCGUGGUCUGAAUGGUCAGAGGGACCCAAAAUGCAUAUUUAGGAGACUUGAAACAAUUAGGAACUGUCUAGAAAAUACUGAGACGCUUCAGGCAUUGUCAUAGAAAAUGCCUCCUUCCUUCCAUCUCCAAACACACUAGCUAGGCAAGCAAGCUCAUUUGAUGAUGAAGAUGGAAUUCUGGCGUUUAAAGGAACGAGUGCUGGGUCUUCUGGACUUCUCAGCCCUUGGUUCUCUUGUGCGUUAGUCUGUAAGAUGUCACCAAGCUCUCUGUGGAAUUCUCUAUUUUUCUAUGUGUACGUUAACUUAUUCAGGUUCAGCUUUGCUUACGUCAUUACUUUGUCUUCAACUGUGAGCCUAUAAAUAUAUCAGAAGCUUUAUUUUGGUAUGAAUUCAUAAGAACCAAAACUUUAAAAACAUUUAUGUUAGAUAUUUCUAAUAGUUGUUUAUGAUAUUUUAUGUUAAAUUGUUACUCCACAUCUCUAGUCUUGUAGAGCCAGUGGGUGAGGUUGUGAGGACAGUAGUUUCAUAGGAAUCCGACUGUGAGCACUGUAGUAGAUAUUUAAAAAUGUGCAGUGGUGUACAGGGGUUAAAAGCUCACAGCUCGGGGCAGCGCAAGCUCUUGUCAGCUGCCUCCGCUCCGCUCCAUAUUCUCCACUCUGAGUGCUCAGUUUUAGUUUUGCAUCUCCACCUGUUACUUGUGGAAUUCACCAGGUGCGAUGGGUUUUUACACAGUGGGUCACUGCAGGGCCCACAGUGUGACAUCUCCUCAGCCAGGAUUUCCCGCACAGUGGGCUGCUGCACCAGCACCCACGCGGAAGUCCCCAGGUUAUCAACUCAAGAGAAGUCCUCCACAGAAAGGAGCGUAGGCUGACAGAAGGAGAAAGUUUUCAGUUUUAUUGUGAAACACUGUUUAGAUACAAACUGCAAAAGGCAUACACUCUUGUUCUUUAAGGGUGCCCAAAGAUAUAUUUAUCAUUUCAUCAUUUUUCUAUAAUAUUUAGUUUUACAUAAUUUUCUAAAGACUUUUGGAGAAGAUAUUUUGAUUCUAGCAGCUGUUUCUUUUGUUUGGGAGCCUGGAAGAAGGGGAAGCAGCCACCCACGUUGAACUCAUGUUUGCUACUUCCCAUCACACUGGGAACUUUCCCAGAAAGCUGGUCAGUUGUGUGGGUGCCAUUCCCACUGUGGAGCCGUGAGAGGAAAGCCAUGGGCUAACCUCCGUUAUCUGCCACCUGUUUCUGUUCCCUGAGCUCCAGAGAGUGUUCCCAGGCAUCUGAGGGCACUCGUCAGAACACUGGUCCCACACAGCUUUUAACACGCGGCCCAGCUUCUUCACGGUUAAGAAGCAGGAGCUGAGAGAGUUUCAGCUUAGAUCGUCACUUAUAGAAAGCAAACUGGCACUUGAUGUGCCCCACUACCCCGUCCUGCUCUCUCUGACUUGUCACCAAAGCCGGGUGAGUCUUGUGAGAUGUUCUCCUUAGAGUGUUUGUAAUCCAUUUAUGGUGGUGCCCUUGUGAGUUACCCGACAGGGUUUGAGCUUUGAUAUGUUCCUAGUUCUAGAACAUGUCAGCUUGAGUGUGUAUGGGUGCCAUGUCUCACGACGUCUUAACAGCUCCCUGUUCCACUUCAGUCCCCACAGAUGCCAGUGCGGUGAUCGCUGGCAACAUACAUUAGGUAUUGUGCACAGCUCCCUUUCCUUCCAAGAUGGAAAAGAUACAGAACAAGCCAAUGGAGAUAAUACAUACACUUGUUUAUAUCAACAGAUGUUAACUGUAGAGCAAUAAAACCAUUGGUUAAAAUAUAAUGCAUCAAUAGUGUAAAAUUAUAAAAUAUUGGAAAUGGGUUUAUUUUGAUCAGCUCAGCCCAGUUAUCUUCCCUUAAUUAAGAAGAUGUGAGAAAUUUGUCUAGGAGGUAGCAGACUGCUUCCUCUCACUAAAUGACUGUAUGUACUUGACCA